AUGUCAAAUAUUUCAGUAAAUUUGCUCGAAUGGGUCACGAUCGCUAGAAAACUACGUUUUCCUGAACUACCGAUGAUGAAUGAGCCUUAUGUUUUGAUUCAACACGACUGCUCGAAAGACAAUACCAAAUAUCGCUACGAACACAAGUACCCGGCACAAAGCAACAAAAUCAAUUGUACUUCCUACGAAUACGAUCUCAAUUUGCUCGAGUUGGGACAAGGCAAUAUAGGAUCUGUGACAGCAAAGAUAUCAACAAAAGAAAAUCGCCUGGAUUUGAAGACAUGCCUGCACCAUGGGGAGUUUUGCCACCUAAUGGAGAGUUCCCAACUGAAAGAUGCCUCAAUAUGUCUACUGCAGCAAGAGCCCCUCAAAAAUGACUCUGAUUAUGAUGACUUGAUUUAA